GAAAAACAAAUCACCUUUAAAAAAAAAAAAAAAAAAACAAGAAGAAGAAGAAGAAGAAGAAGAAAUCAGACAAUGGAGUCUCAAGCUGCUGUGGCUAUGGUGGAUCAAUUGAGACACACAUUUAAUUCUGGAAAGACAAAGGAAGAAUCCUGGAGAAGAUCCCAGCUCCAGAAUCUUCUAUCCCUUCUUGUCGAAAAAGAAGAUGCCAUUUGUGAUGCCCUAAAAAACGACCUAGGAAAACACCCUGUCGAAUCUUUCAGAGACGAGGUAGGGCCUUUGAUAAAGUCUGUGAACUUUGCCCUCAAAGGGCUCAAGAAAUGGAUGUCAGGGAAGAAGGCGGAUUUGCCACUUGCUGCAUUCCCGGCAAGUGCAUCCUUAGUUCCUGAGCCACUUGGAGUUGUCCUCAUCAUAUCCUCCUGGAAUUUUCCUUUUGGGCUGUCGGUGGAAUCCCUAAUCGGGGCGAUCGCGGCGGGGAAUGCGGCGGUUCUAAAGCCGUCGGAGCUUGCGCCGGCGUCGUCGGCGGUUCUGGCGAGGCUGAUCCCUUCUUACUUGGAUUCCACGGCCGUCAGAGUCGUCGAAGGAGGUGUCUCCGCCGGCGAGAUUCUCUUGCAGCAGCAAUGGGAUAAGAUAUUCUUCACAGGUAGCCCGAAUGUGGCCCGGAAAGUGAUGACGGCAGCCGCCAAGAAUCUGACCCCCGUCGCGUUGGAGCUCGGCGGCAAAUGCCCCGCGGUUGUGGAUUGUCUUACCAGCUCUUGGGACCAGCAGGUUGCUUUGAAACGGAUACUAUCUGCCAAGUUCGGCACCUGCGCCGGCCAAGCUUGCAUCGCCAUCGAUUAUAUACUCGUCGAGAAAAAAUUUUCAUCCACUUUGGUGGAACUACUAAAGAAUGGCAUAAAGAGUAUGUUCGGCGAAAAUCCAAGGGAGUCGAAUAACAUAUCAAGAAUAGUAAACCAGCGACAUUUUUCGCGGCUGUCGAAUCUUUUAGACAAUCCAACGGUUAAAAACGCUCUUGUUUACGGCGGAUCACUCGACGAAGAUAAUCUCUACAUCGAACCGACAUUGCUGUUGGAUCCUCCGAUUAAUUCGGGGGUCAUGACAGAGGAAAUCUUCGGCCCCCUGCUUCCAAUCAUCACACUGGAGAAGAUCGAAGACAGCGUAGAAUUCAUCAAAUCGAUGCCUCGAGCGCUUGCGAUAUACGCGUUCACGAAGAACGAAGAGUUUAAGAAGAAGCUGCAGUCGGGGACUUCUUCGGGCAGCAUUGUUUUUAACGACGCGAUAAUUCAAUAUGUAGCAGAUACUCUGCCGUUUGGGGGAGUUGGGGAGUGUGGAUUUGGAAGGUACCAUGGGAAGUAUUCAUUCGAUGCAUUUUCUCAUGAAAAGGCGAUUGCAAGAAGAUCAUAUAUUGUGGAUUUCUGGUUCAGAUAUCCUCCAUGGAAUGAGCAUAAGUUGCAGCUCUUUAGAUCUGCUUACAGAUUUGAUUAUCUGGGAAUUCUUCUCAUCAUUUUGGGAUUGAAGAGAUCAUGAGAAUGAUAAGCAAAAAUUGCAACGAUUCUAUUCAUAAUAUUAUUAAUGUUAUUACGCUGUUCGAUUGGAAUCUUGACUCUUAAAAUUUUUUUUGUAUAUUGUAAUAAAUGAUUGAUCGA